GCAUUUUUAUCCAACUAUAAGUACCAAAUGUCCUACCUUUCUUAGCCAUCCAAAAGUGGCAGCGAAAGAGAGAAACAUUCUUCUUUUUUGAGAAAAAAAUGACAAUGCAGCUUAGUAUGCACUUGGGAAUGUUGUUUUUCAUCUUGUGUUUCCUGGGGUUUAUCUCUUUUCCAGCAGAAGCUGCUGUGAAGAUGUAUCAGUUUGAUAUUAGGGUAAAGAAUGUGAGCAGGCUAUGCCAUUCAAAGCCAAUUGUUACAGUAAAUGGAAGGUUUCCGGGGCCUACCAUUUAUGCGAGAGAAGGUGAUCAAGUUCUUGUCCAUGUCACGAACCAUGCACAAUAUAACAUGUCCAUUCAUUGGCAUGGCUUGAAGCAAUUUCGCAAUGGUUGGGCAGAUGGACCGGCAUACAUAACACAGUGCCCUAUAAAGACAGGAAAUAGUUUCACUUACAACUUUAACAUCACCGGACAGCGAGGAACACUAUGGUGGCAUGCACAUAUUCUAUGGCUGAGGGCUACUGUUUAUGGCGCCAUUGUUAUUCUUCCCAAGGAAGGAACUCCAUUUCCAUUCCCCCGACCUCAUCGAUCAACUAAGAUCAUCCUAGGAGAAUGGUGGAAUUCUGAUGUUGAAACAAUUGUAAAUCAGGCCAACAAGUUAGGUGUGCCACCACCGACUUCCGAUGCCCAUACCAUCAAUGGCAAACCAGGGUCACUCUUCCCAUGCUCUAAAAAACAUACUUUUACCAUGGAGGUGGAAUCAGGAAAAACGUACAUCCUCAGGAUCAUCAAUGCUGCACUCAACGACGAGCUGUUCUUUGCCAUAGCCGGUCAUAGCAUGACCGUGGUGGAAAUUGAUGCCGUCUACACAAAGCCCUUCUCAACUCAGGCUGUCCUGAUUGCGCCGGGUCAGACAACAAACGUCCUGGUUAAAGCAGAUCAAGCUCCAGGGAAGUAUUUUAUGGCGGCACGGCCUUUCAUGGAUGCUCCAGUUCCGGUUGAUAACAAGACUGUUACCGCCAUUCUGCAGUACAAGGGGAUUCCCAACACAGUUCCACAAUCAUCCCUGCCCAUUUUGCCUGCUCUCAACAACACCAAGUUUGCAUUGAAUUACAACAGUAAGCUCAGGAGUUUAAAUAGCCAGCAAUUCCCAGCCAACGUCCCUUUGAAAGUGGACCGCCACCUUUUUUAUACCAUUGGUUUGGGAGCUAACCCAUGUGCUACCUGCCAAAACGGUACACAACUCAUGGCUUCGUUGAACAACAUCACCUUUGUGAUGCCGAAGAUUGGGCUCCUGCAGGCUUAUUACCUCAACAUCUCAGGGGUGUUCAGGACUGAUUUCCCCGAUCGGCCACCAGUUCAGUUCAACUACACCGGUGCACCACUUACAGCUAACCUGGCCACUUCGUCUGGAACAAGGCUCAGUAAGCUGGCAUUCAAUUCCACCGUUGAAUUGGUGUUACAGGACACCAAUCUCCUCACUGUUGAGUCCCACCCUUUUCAUCUUCAUGGUUUCAAUUUCUUUGUUGUUGGAAGCGGGAUUGGAAACUUCAAUCCCGCCAAAGACCCAGCUAAGUUCAACCUAGUUGAUCCUCCUGAGAGAAAUACAGUUGGAGUUCCCACUGGAGGGUGGACUGCGAUCAGGUUCAGAGCAGAUAAUCCAGGUGUCUGGUUUAUGCACUGUCACCUGGAACUGCACACAAUGUGGGGUUUAAAGAUGGCUUUUGUGGUCAAGGACGGGAAGUCGCCAGAGGAAUCUAUUCUGCCACCACCAAAGGACCUUCCUCUCUGCUAGACACCCUCUUCUUCACAUUUCUGGAAUUUCCAUUUUCAUUUAAGAAGCUCCUCUGGGUAACAAUUGCAGAUGAUUCUUUUAGGAUGA